AUGAAAGCCAUCUUCGUUGCUGCAGUUCUAGUCGCUGUCCUGGCUGUGGCCAGCAGUGCUCCUUACCAAAUUGCCUAUUUAAUCCCGGUGGAAGUGCCAGUUACUCGUGUGGCUCGUUCGGCUCAGUUCGGUGCUAGUGCGGCAAACGCCGGAGCGCAGAGCUUCAACAGCGGAUUCGGUGGCUUCGGAGGUGGUUUCUCGGGCAGUGCAGCCAAUGCUGCUUCCCAGUCGUUCUCUUCCGGUGGCGGAUUCGGUGGAUUCCCAGGAUUCAGUGGUAGCUCGGCCAAUGCCGGUGCCCAAAGCUUCUCUGGUGGUGCAGGAUUCCCCGGAUUCGGUGGAUUUAGCGGUUCGGCAGCCAAUGCUGGAGCACAGUCGUUCAGCGGUUAG